AUGACGGAAUACGAUGAUCGCAGCUGUGCGUCAAAUAUGUAUUUACCGAGCUGCACUUAUUACGUUUCUACGCCCGAUUUUACAUCAGUCUCCUCCUUUUUACCGCAGACGACUUCGUGUCAGGUUAAUUUCCCCUAUUCUCCAAACAUAGGCCAAGUCCAACCUGUUCGAGACGUCGCUUUCAGGGAUUAUGGACUAGACCAUCACAGCAAAUGGCACUACAGAGGCAAUUACGCGUCGUACUACUCAGCGGACGAGAUAAUGCAUCGGGACUUGAUCCAGUCCUCCAGCAGCAGGGCGGAUGUGAUAUUCAAAAAUGAGUCCUUAUACGGGCGCCAUGGAGGGACGAGCUCGCCGUGCAAUUUCUUCACCGGUGUCGGCCGAAACGGGGUUCUUCCCCAGGGCUUCGAUCAGUUUUUAGACACCCCUAACGCGGAGCUCACCAAACAAAAGACAGACUCUGCUGUCCCCGGAGAUGCUGCGAAUAACAAUCAGGCUUUCACCAGGCUAGAGGAGCACAAAGCUGACCCGGGCGGGAGCGUCGACGAGGACUCAUCCUCCAACUGCGGCGACAAGAACAACCAACAGAGUUCAUCCACCAAGUCCAGGAAGAAGAGGUGUCCUUACUCCAAAUUCCAGAUCCGAGAACUUGAACGAGAGUUUUUCUUCAACGUGUACAUUAACAAAGAGAAGCGGCUUCAGCUGUCCAGGAUGCUAAACCUGUCAGAUCGGCAAGUGAAGAUCUGGUUUCAAAAUAGAAGAAUGAAAGAGAAAAAGCUAAACCGCGACCGCCUACAGUAUUUCACUGGGAAUCCUUUAUUCUGA